AUGACAUACUAUACAAAAACAAAUGAACACAUUAAAGCUCAUACGAUUGUUGUUCUAUGCAUUGUAGGCAUCUGGAUGAUUUUCGGAACAUGCUUUGCAAGUAAUGAAUGCAAUGAUUCGAAUACAGCAAAGAUUAAAGAAUCAUUAAAGAAUUCAAACAAGAGUGAUUUAGCUUCCGCUAUGUCUGAUGAAAGCCGCAAUAGAAUGCUGGAACCACUCAAUUUAUCAUUGGCUUCAAAAAAUACAGCACCAAAUUCAAAAAAUCAUGAAAGUGGCACACACCAUCCAACUGCUCCAGAACAAAAAAGCAUAAUAGUUACUACAUUCCAUGUAGAUGAUUUUGGAAAUCUAUCUUAUAUAGAUGAUAAAGGAUGCAGGGUUUUUAUAUGCUUAACUAAGAUUCAAGUACAUAAAAAUGGCGUCUUAUAUAAACUAUAUAACGAUGAAUUGGGCAAUCAGAUUCUUAUAGAUAGUAGCAUACGUCCUUAUUCUUUUGGUACUAAAGACAUAUCUAGUAAAGCGCACAGUGGCCAGGAAGAAAGCAUACUUGAUAAUCCAGCCAAAACAACCACACCAAAGCGCCCAAGAAAUUCUAAUUCAACCAGUUCAGACGAUAGUUUAAGUCCCAAGAAAAGAAAAAGUGUAAAGAGUAGAGAUUUUCGUUUUGGUGGUACUGGCUUAUUCAUUAAAUCAAAGUGGUACCAAGCUGCCUUUAGUAACCUCAAGCCCUACAAAUCUGAAGCACAAAGCGAUACAACCCGAGAUAAACCCCAUGAUUUUUCAUACUUGUUUACUAAAGGUGGAAUGGAUAGUGAAAAUACAAAAUGUGAAUGUAGUAUUGAGAAGAACUAUGAAAAUCAACACCAAUUAUGGCACUUUUUGACUAGCUCACGCCAUAAAUCCUUGGUUGAAAAGAUAGAGUGUAUCAACAACUUAGCUAAUGAGAUGGAAACAGAAAAAAAUCUCACGAAUAAUGGUUAUUAUUAUUAUUUCUUUUUAAAAGACUUAAAAAAAUACAUAGAAACUCAUACAGACAUAGCGCAUAUUAGUGCAACAUACGACUACACAGACAGAAGUAAGAACAACAUAUGCUCUAAAUAUGAAAUGAAGCCAGAGACACUUGGAGAAAUAUAUGAGGAGACCCAAACAGAUCUUAAGUGGUGGGCUAACAGUAUGUCUAUUAUCUCUGCAAAAACUGAGGAAAUGAAAAAAGAAUGCUCAAUAGAUGAUGCAGCACUAAAAGAAAAGCUGCAUUUGAUUCUAAAACUACCAGAGAUACUUAGAGACUUGGUUCUGAUAACUCCCGAGAUACUGGUAAAGACGAAGAAAGAAAUGAAAAAAGUGUUUGGUUCAGAUACUAACAGAGCUUUAUGCAUCAUAGAGUACCUAUACUACUUAGUGAACGAUGAUGCAGACAAAAUGAAUAUUGCGUAUAAUGAAGUUAAAGCGCUAUCUGUGAACGAAGAGUCUAUAUGUACCUGCAUUACUAUGGAGGUGUAUAGGGCUGUUUAUAACGUGUUUUUUUCGUUCUACCAAUGUGCGCCAUCUACCUGUGUGGUGGAUUUCGAGAGUGAAGAAGGCAAAGCAGAAAAAAAAGAAGCACGCAUUAAAAGAAUUUUUCAGUCCCACUGCCCGCACAUACCAAAGAGUGGUGUCUUCAGACUGCAUGGAAAAAGAGCAAUUGUAAAGCCAACUCUCGGAAAAUACAACCUGCAUGAGACUAUAGGCUUGACUAGCAAUGACUCCAACUCAAUGGUCAUAGAAGAACAAAAUGAACCAUUUUUAAAUGUAGCAUAUCAAUGCUCCAAAGAUCACUACCAUGUGCAGCUAGUUGACAACAUACGCCACACAGUAAAACUCAUUCCUAUUCCAUAUUCUUCCUAUUGUAAUUUUUACAUUUCUAGAGAUGGAUCUAUACAAAGGAAAACACAUUCAAUUCGAUAUAUAGUAAAGUACAUAAAGUCUAUACUGAAGUCAACCUAUCCAGAGAAGAAUUCAGAGCUUAAUGUCUAUCCAUUUAAGUGUAAGAAAAAGAGUGGAAUAUGGACAUUAAUAGAUGAGAAUUUCACUCUGCAUAGGGUGAAAGAAUUAGAUAAAUCUCUAGAUGAAAUGAAUACCCAUGACUAUGGUGUAGUCUUCUACUACUUUGAAGAGAAUAUAUAUACAGAUUACUUUGAGUGCAUAGAUUUUCAAGUCUCAGUUAACCCGAACUUCAAAACCCUCCGAAUUCCUUUAUUUCUUACAAACUUUGUGCUGAUAAGUACUAUAAUUAGCCCGUAUGUAUUUUUUGAUAAAAAAUGUAUUCGAACAGAAAAAUUUUUUAAAAAUCUCAAUGCGAAAAAAACAACUAAACCUACUAAAAUGAGUAUCGAUACAUCUGCAACCAGCCAGAGCUCAUCUUCCGCAUCACCAAGCAACAAUGAAUCUCAAACAAAAAGAAGCUACAUUAAUUACUACUACAGUGACUUUUUGGUUCAAGGUAUAGAUGACUACAGAUUUUGCACUGCAGAAUGCUUUAGUAUUUUUGCCAUAGACAAUAAUAUAAUUACCGGUCUGCCAUCUACAGUUUGGUGUACACAGAUAAAGAGAAGCAUACGUGAGUAUACAAACUACUGUUUUAGUAUAAGUUCAAUUCAGAAACUUCAGAGUGAUGGUUUGCUGCAGUGCGAAGAAGUGACCUUGACCUUUCUGGAUAUAUUGCAGAAUGGAAGUUCAACAGAUGAUAAAGUUACAUACGGUCUGUGCAUCUAUCAGAGAUCUUUAGAUGGUAAGGAAGUUGCUGCUCCAAUUAUGUGCGAGAAAAUGCGAAAGCUUUUGAGUGAGAACAUUGAUGAUGAGAUUAAGUCCAAGCAUGCAAAUUGGGAAAGUGACAUUCUUCCUUCACGAAUUGAUAUUAAAGAUAUAAAAGAGAAUACUACUGUCUUUAUCACGGUAAAAGCCUUUAACUACACACAGGCAAACCUUGGAAUGCACUAUGACAUUAUAGCUGCUCUCUUCUAUAACAACAAUAAUUCCGCACUAGCACCAUAG